AUGUUCGCUCCUCCAAACAGCGGACUACCACCUAGCUAUCACUCCAGCGCCAACCCCUCUCUAGUGGGAGGUUUUGGCAGCGAUGGGCUCGAUCCCGCCCCGGCAUACGAUUGGGGGUUGGCUCUGGAUGUUGACAGGUCAAGCAACGAGCAAGAAACAUUAGCACGACAUGUCAGUAAUGAUCAGCCUCAACCACCAGCUCCCUUACCGGAGGUUCCACGUCGGUUCAACUACUACCGCGCCAUAAGCGCCGACAUUCUGGCAGACUUCGACUUCCCACUGCCCGUGGCCAAGUCCACGGCCACAGAGGCGGCGAUGCCUUCUUCUUCUACUCCACCACCACAAAGGGGCUACCGGCCGACCCCAGCGUCUAUCCUCGAGGAUUUUGACGUUGCAACCUUUUCACCACAGACCACAGGUGGGAGCUCCAGCACCGCAGCUAGUACGCCGCCAGUAUUGUCGCCGCCCACACGCUCGAGGUCAACGUCGAAGCUCGCGUCGGCGUCGGCGUCGACGGCUUCGAAUAAUCCGUAUGUCGAGCUUCUUGAGCAGAAGGAGCAAGCAAUGACGGUUGCCUUUUUGCGCAGGCAAGACUCAGCGUCGGGAUCUCGGUCUACGGAUCUUGGAGCUGAUGAUUUCAGUUUCGGUCAAAGAUACCACAAGGCAGCAGACACAACUGAUGUUGUUGUUACCAGGCAAAGACUACCAGCAAAUGAUCUAAGCGGUUCUCGAGAAUGCCCGAUUUGUGCCGAAACAAGGGAAAUUUCGUCAUUUCCCGUCCUAAGUGUGACUCCAAUGUGUACUCACCCGCCAGAAGCGUGCCUAGAGUGCCUUCAAAUAUCCAUCAAAUCAGAUCUGAAUAGCAAGCUAUGGACCGAGAUCCGGUGUCCAGAAUGCCGCGAGUUGCUAGAAUACAUCGACAUUCAGAAGUACGCAGACGAAGAGACAUUUGCCCGAUAUGAGGCUUUGGCACUUCGCGCUGCCAUGGCUGAAGCUGAUAACUUCAUUUGGUGUACGGCAAACUGUGGGUCGGGCCAGCUUCACGAUACUGGCGGAGAUCAACCCAUUGUGACAUGUUUGCAUUGUAGUCAGCGGUCUUGUUUUAGCCAUAACGUUACGUGGCACGAGAACCUAUCGUGUGAGGAGUACGAUGCGCUGCUGCGAGACCCAGAAAACUUCCGCUCGCGCAUCGAGAUGGAGUAUGACGAGUUCGACUCGGCGCGACAGGCGCAGGAAGACGCCGAUCGGGCAAUGGCGCAGGGCCUUAUGGCCGAACAACAGGCUGAGAUUCAGGAGCAUGAAGCUAGAGAGCGUGCCGAGAGGGAGAGAGCCCGAAAGGCGGCAGCCCUGGCGAGGAAGGUUGCUGCUCGCCGAAAAGCGGAAGAAGAGCAAAGCCGAGUGACCGUAAGCCGGACAACAAAGCCUUGCCCUGGUUGUGGAUGGGCCAUUGAGAAGAAUUCCGGGUGGUAA